AUGGAAUCCAGAAAUGCGUCGUUCUUUGAACACGUAUUUCCUCUUAGAUCAAAAGAGGAUUCAAGUUCGUUGAAACGAACACAUGAGACUAUUGCUGAAAAUAGUCAGGAUCAAAGUCAAGAAUGUGAGGAUGAACCUAGACGUAGCAAAAGAAUUAGAACAGAAAAAUCUUUUGGUCCAGAUUUUCUGACCUAUUUGCUAGAAGGUGAACCUCAAAGCUUUGAUGAAGCUGUGAACUCCACUGAAGACUCUUUAUGGAAAGAUGCUAUUAAUAGUGAGAUUGAAUCCAUACUUCAAAAUCACACCUGGGAGUUAGUAGAUCUUCCUCCAGGAUACUCAAAGUCUACGAGUGAAUAUGUGUUUACACUCGGUGGUGCAGCUGUAUCAUGGAAAUCUUCUAAACAAACGAUUAUGGAAUGUCAUAAUCUAGAAGAGUAUCGGUCAUGUCGAAAGUUAGACUUUGAAAGUACAAAAAAUAUUGAAGCUAAGGAAAGAAUAGAGAUAAUUCAUUCUAAAAUUUUAGAUGAAGAAAUACCAAAAAUUGAUAUGGAAUUUGGAAGUGAAGAAGAAGCAUAUAAUUUUUACAAUUCCUAUGCUUUUAAGGUUGGAUUUAGUAUUCGUAGAAGUAAAGGACAAAAAGAUCAAGAUGGUAGAAUGAUAGAUAGAAUGUUUUGUUGUUCUUGUGAAGGAUACCGCAGAAGAGAUAGACGAGAUAUGAAUGUAAAGUAUCAUAGAGCUGAGACAAGAUUUGGGUGUUUAGCGAGAAUGAAAGUUACUUCUCGUCAAACUGAUAAUUAUCGUGUAAUUGAGUUUGUUGCAGAACAUACUCAUGUAACAUCGAGUCCUAAUAAGAGUCAUUUGCAUAGAUCACAUAGAAGAGUGACUGCUGCUCAGGCAGCUGAAAUCGAUAUGGCUGACCGUUCAGGGAUCGCUCCAAAAGAAAGUUGUGAAUUAAUGGCAAGGAGAGCCGGUGGACGAGAAAAUCUUGGUAUGAUUCCACUUGAUUAUAAGAAUUAUUUACGGACUAAACGGAUGAUCCAAAUGAGCCUAGGAGAAACAGGUGGUGUUUUAGAAUAUCUUCAGCGCAUGCAAUCAAAGGAUCCAAAAAAAAUUUAUGCUAUACAAGUUGAUGUAGAUGAUUUAAUAACCAAUAUUUUUUGGGCGGAUGCUGCUAUGAUAACAUCGUACUUUCAUUUCGGUGAUGUUAUUAGUUUUGAUACUACAUAUCGGAAAAACCAAGAAGGAAGACCUUUUGCUAUGUUUCUUGGAGUAAAUAAUCAUAAACAAACAACUGUUUUUGGGACUGCACUCUUAUAUGAUGAAACUGCUGAAACAUUUAUGUGGUUAUUUGAUACUUUUGCCACAGCAAUGUCUGGGAAGAAGCCAAAGACAAUUCUUACUGAUCAAGAUGCCGCUAUGGCUAAAGCAUUAUCUUCACAAUGGCCAGAAACAUAUCAUCGCUUGUGUAUUUGGCACAUAUAUCAAAAUGCGGCAAAACAUCUUAACAAUGUGUUUGAGAAGUUUAGAGAAAUUUCAAAAGAAUUCAAUAACUGCAUAUAUGAUUAUGAUGAAGAAAGCGAAUUUAUCGAAGCAUGGAAUAAUAUGCUUAUCAAAUAUGAUCUUGAGGGAAAUGAUUGGUUGAAACAGAUGUAUGACUUACGAGAGAAAUGGGCUUUGGUUUAUGGUAGAGAGACAUUUUGUGCUGAUAUGACGACUACCCAAAGAAGUGAGAGUAUGAACAAUGCAAUAAAAGGUUUUGUCAGUUAUAAACAGAAUCUUUUACGAUUUUUUGAAAAUUUUGAAAGAUUGCUUGAUUAUCGUCGCUAUGAGGAGUUACAAGCUGAUUUCAAAGCGACCCAAAGAAAAGUAAAAUUGUCAUUUGAGGUUGAAAUUUUGAAGCAUGCAUCAAGUUUUUAUACACCAGCAGUGUUAAACAUGUUUCAAACUCAGGUUUGUGAGAGUUAUGAUUGUGUUAUUACUUUAUUCGAUGAGAAUGAGACAUUGUUUAAGUACAAAAUUUUCCCUAAGAAAAGGCAUCUUCAUCAUAUUGUUGAAUACGAUUCAGCUGAUGACACAGUGACAUGCUCUUGCAAGAAGUUUCAAUUCACAGGUAUUUUGUGCUCGCAUGCUCUUAAAGUUUUUUCUGAAAAAAAUAUAUUGAAAAUUCCUUCUCGAUAUAUUUUGAAAAGAUGGACAAUUAAGGCAAAGGUGAGAGAUGAAUUGGAUAAUUGUGCAGCAAAUGACCAUAGUGAAGAUCCUAAAAUUGCUAUGGUGAAUUGUUAUCAAGAGUUGUGUAGAUUAUUUCAAACUUGUGUUGUAACAAAGGCAUCAAAGAGUGAGAAAGCAUACAAUUAUGCUAAGAGUGGUCUAAGAAAGAUUGUGGAAGAGAUUGACGAUCCAUCAGAUGACCAAAUUAUACAUAGCUAUGCCGAGAAUCAAUAUUCCAGCAGAGAGAUGAAUAAUAUUAAAGGAAUCAAGACAAAAGGAAAGGUUCGUGGUAAAUCUAGCAGGCCAAAAGGAGCUCUUGAAAAAGCUAGAAAGAAGAAAAAAGUUGAGCGCAAUAAGAACGAAGAAUCAAGUGGAAGUGGAAAGAAAUUUAAUCAAAAUACCUUUGAUGGUCCAUAUCAACAUGAUCCAUUCAUUUUUGGUGCAGCACAAGCUUCAUCUCUUUUUGGUAGAGAUAGACAACUUCAUUUUGAAGUCCCUCUGGCUCAACAACCAUUGCAAAAUUCAGAGUUACGUAUAUCUCGACUUAAUCUUAACCAACAUGAAAGUCAAAGUGCUUACACUAAUCUAAAUAACAAUAUGAGUAUGAUGGAAUUGCUACAACAGACUCAUUCCUUUCAUACAAGCUUGGAACUUCCUCAAAAUCCAUCAAACUCUUGA